AUGGAUUCAAGGAAUCCAUUGAAUCCCUAUAGUGAGUCCCCUAGUUAUAGCUAUCUUCUCCAUAGCCAAAACUUUCAGUAUGGAAGUUAUCCUUCUACUCAGUAUCCAUCCGAGAUACCUCCUUAUAGUUCACAACAACCUGACGGUCCACCUGAACGUGAAGACCCAGCAGUUGCCUCUAAGGAGAGAAGGCAAUGGACUCCAGCUGAUGACGAGGUCGUCAUAAGUGCUUGGCUCAACACAUCUAAGGAUGCAGUGGUUGGGAAUGAACAAAAAUCAGGGACGUUCUGGAAACGUGUUGCUGAGUACUAUAAAUCUACUCACAUGCUAAAGAGAGUGGUGAACCAAGAGAGUGGCUCCAUAUUAAGCAGAGCGGAGAGACAGAUAACUUCUGGUCAGAGCGAGACUGACGUCCUCAAGAUGGCUUAUGAUAUCUACUACGCUGAUCACAAGAGAAAAUUCAAUCUUGAGUAUGCGUGGUGCGUGUUGAGGUUUGAGCAGAAAUGGCUCAGUCUUAACACUCCUAAACCCACUAAACCCACUGGGAGUUCAAAGCGAAAAGCUGGAGAGGAAUGUUCAGUGACCUCAAGCACCGCUGUUGGUGAUGAAGAGGUCCGGCCCGAAGGUGUCAAAGCGGCUAAAGCAAGAAGGAAGGUGGGUCAAGGAAAGUCUCUUGCUGAUGUUACUAUUGUGAUGGAGAUGAAAGAGAGACUGUCAAAGCUUGCCAUUUUAGACACAUUGUUAGCCAAGACAUGA